AAAAAGUGUCCUCUUCUUUAGCUAUACUAUCGGCCAGGCCAUUUGCUUCUGUGCUCGCUUGGUUAAGCGAGACCAUCUUCCCUCUAACAAGAUCCUGAGCUCUCUAUUAAAUGGGCCAGUCUCCCGGGAGUUCUUUUUUAUGAAACCCAUGCAGCAGCAUUUGAAGAAUCCCCUCUGGUGACAAAAGCUAUUCUCCACCAUAAAAUAAAUAAUAAUAACAUUUAUUAUUUUGUGUGAAAAGUACCCCCAAAAUGAAAAGAUGGUGAUAAAUUAGACAGAAAAUUGAUUUUUGCUUCGGCCGUCUCCAUCCAUGUUGGACGCAUAUCAACAUGGAAAUUUUUUAAAACAUGUGUCCUAGUUACACAAGCAUUUAGAUUUUAAUAUUGAACAUAUAUCAACUUGAGAGGAGAUGCUCAACCAAUUUCUAAUAUUUCCUAAUAUUUUCGUAUGGCAUGUACACAAGACCACAGGCCAAGUCACCCACCAAAACCACGCUUUGCAAUCCGAAAUUACCCACCCAAACCAUGGCAUCCAAGCUCAGCUUAAAGCUUGUCCUAAACAAGAACACAGGAGAGGUGUUCUUUGGAGAGGCUGGAAAAGAAUUCAUAGAUUUUCUAUUCAGCCUCCUAGCAUUGCCAAUCGGGUACGUCGCAAAGCUCCUCACAAAGCAACACAUGGCGGGAUGCACUGGAAGCCUCUACAAUAGCCUUGAAAAUCUCACCGUUGAUUAUUUGCAACCCAACUUUGACAAAAAUACCCUCCUCAACCCCAAGAUGUCUAUUCCGUUGAGCAGUCAGAAUCCUCCCCUUCUGCUGCAAGAUGGUGCUUCCACCUCAUCAAAGUACUACUCAUGCGGCAACUCCAACUACAUCAAUCACCGCUGGAUUGCAGAUGUUAAGGGUGUGGCGUGUCCAUCUUGCAACAAUUCAAUGUUCCAGGAGUUUCUCUAUGUUAGGCCUAAAGGCGCAGCGUCUGGAUCAGACAGUGGAGGAGGUUGUGUUAAGGGUGUGGUGACUUACAUGGUGAUGGAUGAUUUGGUGGUGACGCCCAUGUCUACCAUAUCCAGCCUUUCUCUACUCAACAAGUACCAAGUCAGGGACUUGAGUGCACUCAAGGAGAAGGUUGUGGAAGUGGGCAUGGAUGAGGGUUUGGCGCUUUUAAAGGCUUCUUUGGAGUCAAAGACAGUGCUGACUGAUGUAUUUGGAGAAAAGUCAAAGAAUGUGCCGGUAAUGCAUAAAAAGGCCAGAGCACAUGUGACAGAAUCUCACUUGCACUGAUUGAUACCCUCAGGGUACUAAUCAUAUCCUUAGUGAGGAUCACCUAAAUCUUCUUCAUUUGCAAUUUUCUACUAUGCUGAUGUUGUUUUAUUUGUAAAUUGGUUUUCUAGGGUACGGCCCCGAUGAAAUCAUCCCCAGCGUCGUCGAAGAGAGCAUUCACUGGUGGCUUCCAAGUAAAGCUCGAACCCAUGGAGUAGCUGGAAUUUUGGAUACUGCUCCUCUUUUCUUUUUUGGAACGUUUUGGCUGGAAAUGUUUAUGAUC